GUUAUAUACUGUUUAAUACGGCACAAGAAUGGUGUCCCUUCUGAAACGUGCGUGAUGAAGAUACUACGCCGGGAGAGGCAGCACGCGGGAUUGGGAGGGCGCCGCGUUGGCAGAGCGGGACCGACUUGUUUCGGAGCAGACUGAGAUUGAUUAGGGAUACACCAUGAUAACACCAGCAUUUGAGCUGAGUCAGGAAGACGACUUCCUUAUCUUCAGCAUUCGAGUUCCCUACACCAGGACGUCGGAGUUUGACCUGUACAUCGAUGGAGAGGACUUCAAAUUCUAUGCCAAGCCAUACUUCCUCAGACUAACCCUUCCAGGAAGAAUCAUAGAAGAUGGAAGAGAAAAGGCAUCCUUUGAUAUUAAUAAAGGCCUCUUCACUCUCCGUGUGCCUAAGGAAACAGCAGGACAACACUUUGAGGGGCUUGAGAUGCUGACAAGUCUUCUGGCCCCCCGGGGCUCCAAAUCAGCCAAGCCUCUAGUUGAGGACUUGGAUGCCUGUAGCAGGAGCGAGGAAGGUGAAGAAGAGGAUAGCGAUGACUUUGACUGGCAGGUGGAACAGGAGGUGUACACAGAGAGCUCAGAGCAGUUGCUCAACUCUCUCCAGAAGUAUGGCUUUGGAAACAAGCGCUCAGGAGUGUUCAUCAGGUUGCAGGAGGAGCUGAGUGGUGUCAUUGAUGUGAGGAACCCUGACGCUACUACAGCAGUGGAGAGGAGGCAGGGUCGGCUGUCUGCGGAAAGUGCCAAGUUUGACCCUGAUCAUUAUCUUGCUGACCUGUUUGAGGAUGAAGCCAUCCAGAACCUGCUGAAGUUCCAUCCGUGGUGGACCAAGUCCUGCCAAGCCCAAGCUGAGCAGAGUGAAACAGAAAAUUUUUCAGAAGAAGAGAGAGAACAGCUGCGGCGAUUUACCAACCGGUCUUACCUGCUGGACAAGAAGUGCCUCCACCACAUCUGGCUCAGCCUGGUGGACAUCAUCCUGGCUUAUACCUAUGAGAUUCGCACCACAGAAGGGGAGCACAGUGUCGAAUCAUCCUGGAACAUCAGGAAGCUCAGUGGGACCCUUUGCUGGCUGGAAACAUACAACUCUAUACAGGAAGUCCUUGUGUCAUUUGGCAGGAGGGUCCUUUGUUACCCACUUUACAGAAACUUCAGCCUCAUCACUGCUGCAGUUCAUGACACAGCACUGAUAUUUCAGUCAGGGAAAAUCUGUGUCCUUAAGUGCCUGUUGGACAUCCACAAAAUCUUCAGAGAGAAUGACCCUGCCUACAUUCUGAAUGACCUCUACAUCACUGACUACUGUGUGUGGAUUCAAAGGGUCAAGUCGAAGAAAGUGACUGCGCUCGCAGAGCCGCUGAGGAAGGCAGCACUGCGCAAGGUCGAUCUGGGACUGGAGCUAGAUGAGCUGGAGGCAGCAGCAGUCCUAGCGCAGGAAGAGGAGGAGGGAGGAGAUCUGAAGCUGGCUGGAAGCACUUCCCACUCCCUCAGCAGAGCACGAUCCAACAGCAGCGGCUCCUCGGAGAAGGAGGAGAGCGAAGACUCUGGAUCAGAGGGGACCGACGCAGACGGACCUCCAGAGCCAGCCUCCACCCGCCCGCUCAUUGAAGAGCUGGGAGAGAGUGUAGAGGCGGAGCUGAGCAUCUCUGAGCCACUGUCCAACACUGAUAGGGAAAAGACGAAACCCCCAGGUCCACAGGGCACGGAGGCACAGCCACACACAGCCUCAACAAGGACCUUGUUAGAGGUGCAUCUACACAGAAACCCACUGCUAAUUGUGGAGGCAUCCGAGGACACGGAGGAUGACUGAGUGGAAGGGAACAGGAACAGAGACUCAGGAAAGCAAGUGGGACAGAGGAAAAGGUGUUUUACAGUAAAAUGUUUACCCUUCCGUGCUUCUUAUCUGUGAUGAAACAAAUGGUAUAACGUCAUGUUUUCAGGGAAAUCUGAAUAACUGUCAUUUUUGGUCUUGCAUUUCGAAAACACCGUGGAUUCUUUUUUUGGUUUCUGUGAACACAGGAGCUGAAACCAUUUUACUGUUUGGUAUGCUGUGAUUUUGGUUUCCAAAAGUUUUUUUUUUUUUUUUU